AUGAUUGCGAACAACGAUGUACUAGGUAUUCUAGGAACUAAGCCUUUAAAUAAUUUAAUUAAAGAAAAUUUACUUUUAGAAAAUGAACAAUUCAAUGAAAGCCUGGCUGAUUAUUGGAAAUCAUUUCUUUGGGAAUUCCAAUUUUCGAGAUUAUAUUUCAAAUUAUCCAGAGGAGACUGUAGAAUCAUAUUCUCAAACAGUUGGUUACCACAUAUUAAUCAUUCAAAAGUACUAAUGUUUAGAUUAUCAUGCGUUAUAUUUUUUUGUACAGUUAUAUUAUAUGAUAUUUUUACAGAAAUAAAGAUAUGGAAAAUUGAAAAUUUAGCCAGAUACUACACUACUAAUUGGUGCAGUAUUGCAACAAUAGGUUACUUUUUAGUUUUAAGUAUUGUAUCAAUGCAGGCACAAAAUGUAGUAAACUCAAAUAUUGACGGUAAUGUAUAUGGAAAAAACAUACCAGAAAUUGAAGACAUUAUCGGAAAUGUAGGUUAUCUAAAUUGGACAUGCUGGUAUGCAUGGAUGAUUCAAAGUUUUCUUCUCCCCACAGGACUUAUAGUCAAUAUUGGUUAUUGGAUGGUUUCUCACCCUAAUACCAGCAUUUCACUCAUAUUAGCAAUAGCCAAACAUGCAAUUGCAAGUAUUCUUGUUUUUUGGGACUGUUACUCCACUUAUCAGCCAUUCUUCUUAUUACAUGGGCUUUACUUAUAUAUUUAUAUUAUUGGAAUACUAUUAUUCAUUGGUAUAAUAAAGCUAUUUCCAGAUUCAUAUCUCUCUUUACUACCUAUAAGUAUAAAUGAUUUGUACACAUUUUUCAAUUUUAAUGAUGAGAGUCAUAUAAAGAUAGCCCCAAGUUUGCUUAUUUUCAUUUUCACAUUGUUCUAUCCGCUUCUCCUGAUUUUUCUUUGGUUUCUAUUUAGAGAAAAAAACCUUUUAGUGGAUCCUCUCCCAAAUAGCUACUUUAUUAGUAGCUCAGAAUCGAAAUGUGAAGUGAUUAAAGAAAAUACAUUAGAAAAGCUUGCCUUGAUUUCAAAUGAUGACCAAUUAGAAAAGGUUUAA